GUUGCCUUUUGCUCUCCAUAUUUUCAAAAAAAUUUAGGUGUUGGGACCGAUAAGAACGACGGGGUUGCCAAAAUUUAGGUGUCGAUAGUAUUUACAUAUCUAAAUCUAUUUGACUGGCUAAAUCAACUUAGGCACAUUUUAGAUUUGUAUCCUUGAGAAGAUAUAUUUGAUAUCAAUGAUAUCUCUCUGCGAAGGAUUUGAAAUCUUUCUUUAGGAAAUAGGGAGAGAAGAAACAGAUAAGUACAAUCCUAGGUAUUUUCGCUACGUGCCUCUGAUGGCUUCCUCCGUCGGCAUCUUCUCUUUCGUCGUCGCCCUCUCUAUCCGUAAAUCCGCUGUUAACCCCGCCAAUGAUAUAUGUCCGGUGAAGUUCUGCGGUCCUCGCGGACCCGAGAUCCGCUUCCCUUUCCGAGCAAGCGGCUUCCAUCCCAAGCGAUGUGGCUAUCCGAGCUUCGACCUCGCGUGCAACGCCCAUGGCCAGGCGAUCCUCCAGUUGCACAGCUCGCAAGACUUCGUGGUCGACCGCAUCAAUUAUGAAAAACAAUACGUCGUGCUCAAGGACCCGGGCAAUUGCCUAGCGAGGCGGCUUCAGAACACGACGUUCUCGAGCUCGGUCUUCGUGGCGCAAGAGUACGGGAGCUUCACGUUUGCGAAUUGCUCGGUCGAUCUCUCGGCUUUCGGAAUCGAACGGGUGGGCUGCCUCAGCCGCGGACACCACACAGUACAUGUUGCUCCCGCCGGUUCAUUCACUUGGUUACUCUCGUACUCGCUAUGCCAUACUUGGACAGUAUCGGUUCCGGUGGUGCCGCCGCCGCAAUAUCCCACGAAUAUAACUGCGAGUGUUGUCCUGAGGUGGGAUGUGCCGGAUUGCAGAUCGUGCGAGAAGAGCGGCGGGAGGUGCGGGUUGAAGGGUUCCGCGGGCUUCGCUGUGGGAUGCUUCGGUAAACAUGGCAAACAACAUGCCAAUCAUGUAGGGCUUUCAAAGCGUGCCAAGUUGGGGAUACUCCUCGGCGUCAUGUUGCCCUUGCUUCUUUGCACGUCCGGAUUCGCCUUCUACCUAAGCUCGCGCGGUCGAGUCUCCGGGCAUCGAGUUGAAAACAUCGUCGCAAAUGUCACAUCUCCAUCAAACCCCUCGAGAGAAACUCCACGCACCUCUAAUGUUGUCACGGGCAUUGAGUCAGUCAAGAUGGAAUCUUAUCCGAAGAUUCAAGUCGAUGAUGAUGGACAGGUACCUAGGCCGGACGAUAAUAUUUGCGCAAUUUGCUUGUCGGAGUACCGGCCCAAAGAGACGCAUCGGACCAAGUGUGGACACUACUUCCAUGCGCAGUGCAUCGAUGAGUGGCUCGAGCAGGACGCAUCUUGCCCGAUGUGCCGUGAUCCCAUGGGAUACAAGUAAAUAUUUUUUUUCUAAAGUUACCGUCGUCAAAAUGGAUACA